AUGGCAUCCAGAAUGCUAGGAGAGGACGUUGAGAAAACAAGAGACGAGCUCAAGGUAUGUGAAAUGGAUGGAGAAGAAUUUUUAUCUGUGACAGGGAAAAGAACUCACUUGCAUGAGAACCUUUUCGAAAGAAGUGUGAUUGCCACAGCAACAUCAUCGUUGUCCUCAAACCAAAUAUUAGACCUCAUAUUGGCACAGGGAGUCACAUGCAUGUCCAUCAAGCCCCUGGGUGGCUUGCUUCACCUCAUCUCUUUCGACAAUGUGGAAGACAAGAAGGCGAUGAUUGAAAGCCAAUGGCUCGAGAACUGGUUUCAAGAAUUAAAAGACAUUGACGACAAGAGUGCCUCAAAAUGGCGCCACACUCAGAUUGCAAAUAAUCGACCCCUCACAGUGGAAGAGCUAGAAAACAGAAAAGCAGCACAGGUAGAGUUAUGGACAUGGCUCAAGAGGAGGGAACUCUACUGGGCUCAAAACUCCCGCGCAAAAUGGAUCAAAGAGGGGGACAAAAAUACUAGAUAUUUUCACACGCUUGCCUCUAUCAGAAAGAGAAAGAACCGGAUAGACCACAUUGUAAAAAACGAGAAAAAAAUCGAGGAUCCAGAAGAGUUAAAACGAGAAGCAACAACAUACUUUAAACAGGUAUUCAGUGAAGAGUGCUUCCCAAGGCGUUCCAUACAGAAUCUCAAUUUCAAGACCAUAUCACCGGUGCAGGGGGACUUUCUCACGGCCGAAUUUUCUGAAAGUGAAAUAGAUGCUGCAGUAGCAUCCUGUGAUUCCUCGAAAUCCCCACGCCCAGAUGGGUUUAACUUCAAAUUCGUUAAAGAGGCUUGGGGAAUAAUCAAACAUGAUGUCUAUAACUUUGUCCGGGAAUUUUGGCAAACCUCACGACUACCCAAUGGGUGCAAUAUGGCCUACAUCGCUCUCAUUCCGAAAAUGGAAAAUCCUUCAAGCUUCAAGGACUACCGACCAAUAAGUAUGGUGGGGUGCCUAUACAAAAUUUUAGCAAAACUCCUAGCAAGGAGGCUUCAAGAGGUCAUGGAUUCAAUAAUCAGCCACCAUCAAUCAUCCUUUAUAAAAGGAAGGCAAAUUCUCGACGGAGCACUGAUUGCAGAAGAAAUCAUAAACUCAUGUAAAUCCAAUAAAACCCCGGCAACUAUCCUAAAGCUUGAUUUUCACAAAGCUUUCGAUAGUGUAUCUCUGGAUUGGAUUGUAUCAGGUCUACAGGUGAAUUUUCACAAAAGUUCUAUUAUUGGCAUCAAUAUUGACGGCAUGUGGCUCCAAGAGGCGGCCAAGGCUCUUCUUUGCAAAACCGGGCACCUUCCAUUCACAUAUUUAGGCCUCCCAAUCGGAGGCUCCUCCUCUCGCAUCGCUUUGUGGAACCCGAUUAUAUCUAGAAUGGAGAAAAAACUUGCCUCUUGGAAGGGGAACCUGUUAUCUAUUGGUGGUAGAGCAACCCUAAUCAAAGCAUCCUUGUCAAGCUUGCCGAUAUACUACAUGUCUCUAUUCCCAAUUCCAAUGGGAGUUCUUGAAAAGCUUGUGCAGACUCAACGGAAUUUUUUGUGGAAUGGCGCGAAAGAAGGCCGAUCAUUGCCACUGGUUUCAUGGGACCAGAUUAUCCUACCAAAAAAUCUCGGUGGAUUAAACAUGGGCAAUCUCCUGCAUAGAAACAAGGCUUUACUUGUUAAAUGGCUAUGGCGUUAUCUGGUAGAGCCCAACUCACUUUGGAGAAAACUCAUCCAGGCCAAGUAUCAUUAUGGGCCGAAUUUCACGCUAUCGGACCUGCGCAUCCCAUCAUUUGGCGGGCCUUGGAAAAGAAUCUGCACAGCCAUAUUGAAGCAGCCUCAAAUCCGAUCAAUUGUCUCAUUAAACGUCAGAAAAAGGCUGGGCUCUGGACUUAACACCCUAUUUUGGCACGAUAAUUGGGCUGGGGACCGACCCAUUAAAGCUAUCUGCCCACGCCUAUUUAGGCUCAGCACCUCACCUGACUCGGUUGUGGCCUCUAAUGGAUUCUGGGACGGGCUCUCAUGGUAUUGGAAUCUUGUUUGGGCCCGUGCUCUAAGGCCCCAAGACUUGAUUGAGUUGCGCCAUCUUCAAGAUAUUCUGGACCAAGUCCACCUAGCUUUUGACCAACCGGACUCUUACGCCUGGGCUCCCAACAAGCAGGGCCUAUUUUCAGUCAAAUCUUUCUCACUUGAGUUAUCAAAAUCGGCAAAUGUCCAUCAACACAAUUUCAUCAAAGGGUUCUGGUGCAGUCUCGUCCCCCAUCGAAUAGAAAUCUUCACAUGGCUUGCAGUCCUUGAAAAAAUUAAUUCCAGAGAAAAAUUAGCAAAGCUGAAUAUAAUUCAAGCUUCGGAGGCUAACUGUAUAUUUUGCGAAGACGAAAUUGAGAGCAGUAAUCAUCUUCUUCUUCACUGCUCAUUCUCGUGGUCAAUUUGGAUGUGGUGGAAUAAAAUCUGGAAUGUUCACUGGAGUGCUCCCUCUUGCCUGCGCAGCGCCUUUGAAUCAUGGCAGCCCCCUUUUAAAGGCAAGUUCUUCAAGAAGAUAUGGAUUGCCUCCUUUUUCAUCAUAGUAUGGUCAAUCUGGAAAGAACGAAACUCACGUAUCUUUGAGAACAAAAUCUGCUCACCUUCGCAAAUCCAUGAUCUAAUCCUUCUUCGCCUUUCAUGGUGGAUUAAAGGCUGGGAUGAGCCCUUCCCGUACAGCGCAUCUGAUAUAAUUCAAAACCCCCAGUGCCUCCGCUGGUCUGCUGCCAAUGCCCGCAAUCUCCGACUGAGUCAGUGA